AUGGCCACUACUACAUUCUGUACAUACCUACUCCUUCUCUCCGUGUCCCUUUCAAUCUUCAACCUUAGUUCCUCUUCAUCUGAGGGAGACAUCCUUCUCUCCUUCAAGGCCUCCAUUGAAGACUCUAAGAAGGCCUUGUCUAGCUGGUCCAACACUUCAUCGAACCACCACUGCAACUGGACUGGAAUCACAUGUUCCACCUCACCUUUGCAAUCAGUAACUUCUAUCAACCUUCAGAGCUUAAACCUUUCCGGGGAUAUCUCAUCUUCUAUAUGUGACCUUCCAAAUCUGUCUUAUCUCAACCUUGCUGAUAACAUCUUCAGCCAGCCCAUCCCUCUUCACCUCUCUGAGUGUGGUUCCUUGGAGACUUUGAAUCUCAGUACCAACCUCAUAUGGGGCACUAUCCCAUCUCAGAUUUCUCAGUUUGCUUCCUUGAGAGUGCUUGAUUUCAGCAGAAACCACAUAGAAGGAAGCAUCCCUGAAAGCUUAGGCUCCUUGAAGAACCUUCAAGUCCUCGACAUGGGAAGCAACUUGCUUUCAGGUAGUGUACCUGCUGUCUUUAGCAAUCUAACUAAACUUGAAGUACUUGAUUUGUCUCAGAAUCCAUACUUGGUGAGUGAGAUUCCAGAGGAUAUCGGUGAGCUUGACAAUCUAAAGCAACUUCUGUUGCAAAGCUCUUCUUUUCAAGGGAAAAUUCCAGAUUCUCUGGUGGGCCUGGUCAGCUUGACUCAUUUAGAUCUCUCUGAGAACAACCUAACAGGUGGUGUUCCUCAGGCUCUACCGUCUUCUCUCAAGAACCUGGUUUCGUUUGAUGUUUCACAAAACAAGCUUUUGGGGCCAUUUCCAAAUGGCAUCUGCAAAGGACAAAACCUUAUAAACCUCGGUCUCCACACAAAUGCCUUCAAUGGUUCAAUACCUAACUCCAUUGGUGAAUGUAAGAGUCUUGAGAGAUUCCAAGUCCAGAACAAUGCCUUCUCUGGAGAUUUCCCCAUUGCAUUGUGGUCAUUACCCAAAAUUAAGCUCAUUAGAGCUGAAAACAACAGAUUCUCAGGACAGAUACCGGAGUCAAUUUCAGGAGCUGUUCAGUUGGAGCAAGUUCAGCUUGACAACAACAGCUUUGCUGGUAAAAUUCCUAUAGGUCUUGGCGUUGUCAAGAGCUUAUACAGAUUUUCUGCUUCUCUCAACCGUUUCUAUGGUGAACUUCCUCCAAACUUCUGUGACUCUCCUGUUAUGAGCAUAGUAAAUCUCUCCCACAAUUCUCUUUCUGGUCAAAUCCCAGCGCUGAGAAAAUGCAGGAAACUAGUUUCAUUGUCGCUGGCUGAUAACAGUCUAACCGGAGAAAUUCCCCCUUCUCUUGCUGAGCUACCUGUGCUCACUUACCUUGACCUUUCAGACAACAAUCUCACUGGUUCAAUCCCACAAGGGCUUCAGAACUUGAAGCUUGCUCUUUUCAAUGUGUCCUUCAAUCAGCUAUCAGGUAAUGUGCCAUACUCCUUGAUUUCUGGUCUCCCUGCAUCAUUUUUGGACGGAAACCCUAGUCUUUGUGGCCCUGGAUUGCCUAACUCUUGUUCUGAUGACAUGCCAAGACACCACAUUGGUAGCCUUACGACCUUAGCAUGUGCCCUCAUCUCUUUAGCCUUUGUAGCUGGAACUUCCAUUGUUGUUGGCGGGUUUAUUUUGUAUAGGAGAUAUUGCAAAGGGAAUCAAGUAGGGGUUUGGCGCUCAGUGUUCUUCUAUCCUCUCAGGAUUACUGAACAUGAUCUACUUGUAGCUAUGAAUGAGAAAAGCUCAAUGGGAAAUGGUGGGUUUUUUGGUAGAGUUUAUGUUGUGAGUUUACCUAGUGGUGAACGAAUAGCUGUGAAGAAGUUAGUCAAUUUUGGAAACCAGUCCUCGAAAAGUUUGAAAGCGGAGGUGAAAACUUUGGCAAAAAUUAGGCAUAAGAAUGUUGUUAAAAUUCUGGGUUUUUGCCACUCCGAUGAGUCAGUGUUUCUCAUUUAUGAGUACUUGAAUGGAGGGAGCUUAGGGGAUUUGAUUUCUCGUCAGAAUUUUCAGCUACAGUGGGGAGUUCGAUUAAGAAUUGCCAUUGGAGUUGCUCAAGGACUGGCAUAUCUUCACAAGGAUUAUGUCCCUCACCUGCUUCAUAGAAAUGUCAAGUCAAGUAACAUUUUGUUGGAUGAAAACUUUGAGCCAAAACUCACAGAUUUUGCUCUUGAUCGAGUCGUUGGAGAAGCUUCAUUUCAAUCAAUUUUGAACACUGAAGCAUCAUCUUCAUGUUACAUUGCACCAGAAAAUGGUUACAGUAAGAAAGCAACUGAACAAUUAGACACCUACAGCUUUGGUGUGGUAUUGCUGGAGCUAGUGAGUGGUAGGCAAGCAGAGCAAACAGAGUCAAGUGACUCACUUGACAUUGUGAAGUGGGUUAGAAGGAAAGUGAACAUCACUAAUGGGGUGCAUCAAGUUCUUGACCCACGGAUAUCAAGCACUUCUCACCAAGAGAUGAUUGGAGUGUUAGAUAUUGCACUUCGUUGCACUUCUGUGGUGCCUGAGAAAAGGCCAUCUAUGGUAGAAGUUAUUAGAAGCCUUCAAUCCCUGGAGUCAAGAACUUGCAUUGAAAAUUUGCAUGAACCAAAUGCAGAACCCUCAGUUCCAGUCUGA